UCUCUUUUCUCUUGUGCUUCUCUCUCAUUCUCCCUUUCGGCUGCCUAGAAUGCUGUCUCUGUAGGUGACGUGGGGAAUAAUACUAAUACAAAAUUGUAAAUGCCUCACGCAGUUAGCAUAGGAAUGGUAGUCUAGAUUGAAUGAAAUCCACUCCAGUGCGAAAAACUCACGCAGGCGACUUGGAAAUAACAGCAAAACAAAUUGUAAAUGCUUCACACAAGGGGCGUGGGAACUGAUUGUCUAAUAGACUGUAAAUAAAAUCCACUCUGGUGCGGAAAACUCACACAAGCAAAUAUGGUUAUAAUUCAAGAUAGAUCAUGGCAAAUAACAGCACAUCUAAGCUCUAAUUGUCAUGUAGAUUAAUACGAUGUACGGGCAGAAAACUCAACGCCGAUACUUAGCAAGAUGGCCUUAAAAUCCCUGUAAAUACAGAUACUACUGGCACAUAGUGCAGCGGAAAACUCACGCCAACGAAAACUACCAUAAAAAUCUGUAAUUUACAGUUAACUGGUGUGUAGUGCGACAGAAGACUCAACACCAAUAAUGGAUUUAGCAAUGAAUUUCGUAAACAUGGAAACCUCAACAUGUGUACUGGGUUGUAAUGGGAUCUGUAAAUGCCAAUUGAAAAGCCAUGGUAAAUACAGUUGAUAAAAUAAAAAUGAAUAUAUGGUUUUUUUAUCACCUUGGGGACGAAGACGAAGGGGGGGAUAAAAUUUUUUUAAAAUUCUUUUACCAAUGCAAAUCUUUUGUCUGUUUUACCCUUUCAACGCUAGCAAAGCUCAGAAUUCGUAUUUUACACGGGCUAUGUAAACACUAAAGGGAAGAGGAAGAACCAGAAUAAAACUUCUCUCACCGCCGCAUAAUUACCAUCUCCACAGAACUCCCUGUAUCAAUUCCUUUUGCAGCUCUAUUUUACCUUGCAAAACUAAAGACCUACCAAUUCUAACUCGCCAAUUUAAAUCCCUGGAGAAAUUGGCUUUCACACGGGGUGGCAAGAUGGAGGGAAAGGGAAGUGAGAGGAUUUUGGAUUUGCACCUGGCCUUAGCCCAAGGCUGUAUUAGGGGAAUUUAGGGAAAGGCUGGGAAACAACACAUGCUCUUAAGCAGCUGCCCUUUGUGGAAGGCAAUAGGUAGUACCUACCCUUAUUAUUUCUCUCUACACAGAAUGAAAGCGCUGACUGUUGAAUUUCCUUGUCGCUUAUUCUAACGUUAAAUGAAUUUAUGCUAAUGUUUUGCAAAACUUUUUUUGUUCAACUUAUUUACUCCUUUUUCUUUUUCAUAAAUGGGGCAAUGCGAUAGGACUCGAUACAUGGCCAGGGAUUUCUCCAGGGGCACUCUUCAUGUAAAAGGAAUUUUAAUUCUUCCUAUCCUGUUGAGACCUGCAAGAGAGAGAGAGAGGAUAAUGCACUCAGGCAACAAUGAACAGCGCACUGAUUCAUGUCAAAGGCACUAUGGACGGUAUAAGGACACUUGUGGGAUCCCCAGAGGAAGCAGGGGGAGCAAAACAGAGGAGAGUGGUCUUCUGCAGGAGGCAGCACAAUGUCAGCUUUGGAAAGUCUUGUUGGAUCCUUAGGUGGAACAGGAGAUGAAAACGAGACUGAUGUAUUGUCAAGUAAUGUUACAGCCUGUGGAACAAUCUCAUUCAACAACUCUGCCUCAGAUGACCCAUUAACUCAUGAUUCAGGGCUGGAUCUAAACUAUCACUUACCCUACCACUUACCAGACGUUCAAGUAACAUUAACAGGACCUCCGGGAACACUAAACUGUCCCUCACCAUGUACACAGCCUUCAAGACAACGAUGUUACUGUCCUAUAUGUGGAAGGACACUUAGUCAAAGAAGGAACCUGAAGCAACACUUAAUAAGUACCCACAAGAUGACACCAGAUGAAGCAGGAGCCAUUGUAAAAAGAUACAAUUUGGAAUUACUCAUGGAGGAGCCUACCAUUCAACAUUUACCUCAAGCUACACUUUCCAAUUUACCUACCAUUCCAUCACCCCCGAUACCUUUAUUACCAAAUUUAUUGCCAGUGUCUUCUCCUUGAGCCUUGUAGAAAAAUAAAACACCCUAACUCCAAACUGCUAGUAAUUCUGGAUACUUUACUGUACUAUUUAUAAAAAAAAACAUGAUGGUAAUAGAAAAACGUAACCUUGCAACUGUGUCCAAGUAUUAAGUUUGCCACGAUCAUUUGUUAUGGUAUAUGAAUAAAAUAGAUUAAAAGCAUGA